CGUACAAUCCAUUCGCUCGUUGUUCAUUGAGAGAGAUACACGCUUAUAUCGCAGUCAGUGCACUCGGAUAACAACAAUGGGGAAGAGCAAGUUGUACAGAUCCUUUGACAAAAGUAAUAUCAAGUGUGUUCUUGUUGGUGAUACCACUGUAGGAAAGUCCUGCUUGGCUCGAAGACUUGCUGCUCACGGAUUUAGCGAGGAAUAUACACCAACGAUGUUUGAUAACUAUGCUGCCACCACCACAGUCGAUGGGAAGCCAUACGUUCUGAGUAUAUUCGACACGGCAGGCCAGGAGGAGUUUGACCGUCUUCGUGCGCUUGCCUACAUGAACUGUGACGUCUUUCUCAUCUGUUUCUCUGUCGGGAAUCCCGACUCCAUUAAGAGCGUGCUGCAGACGUGGGUACCGGAAGUGACGCAUUAUGCGCCGGACAGCCAGCUCAUUCUUGUUGGAACGCAAGUUGACAUGCGCGACGAAGCCGAGAACAAAAAGAACUACAACCCACACCUUUUCGUCCAGACAAAGGAAGGACUGCAGAUGGCCUCAAAGAUAGGAGCCGAUUACGUUGAGUGUUCAGCCAUGACAGAAGCAGGCACGCCGAGAUUGAAAGAAGUCGCCGUCGACUCGGGCCUACGAUCACACCGACCCAAAGACGACACCUGCUGCGCCACCUGUGAGAUCAUCUGAGUUGUCUCCCCUCAACGUUAGGUUCAAUUCAGCAAGGAUCGUCAUCCUUUGUCAACGUGAAGGGUUGUCCUUUAUACGUGCUUUCCCGAUAGGCAAGUGUCCUCUUUUGGGGGAUUUUCGUCUGUCCGGGACCGACAGCACCCGACGUCAUCACUGACGUCAUACCUCGCGCAUCCUGUGCAAUACUCGAGUGUGUAACUGGUCACUUUAGUCAGCGCAGCCUUAAUCGGGUAUUAGUGUCAAAGCUAUUGUAUUGCUAGUGCAAUACGGACAAUGAAUCAUGUGAUAUCUGACAGUAUUCCAAUCAAGCAGUAUUAUAUCCAAGAGAGGGGACAUUCGCUUCGGAGGAGAAUCUCUCGGUGAAGUGCAAAGCGGAACCGGGUGAAGAAAGACAAUGCAUACGAUACCGGUCACGUGACCUGAUUUAUCCACAAGGGUCAACUUCCGUAUCGCGUGGUGACAGGAGAUCACACCAUAUCGUGAAAGGAAUGAAUGAAUGAUGAACGAUAAGAACAAACAUUUUAUGUAUAUCAGACUAUUUAAGAAGCCAUGAACGUUGUUUUGUUGUUGUUUGCUUAGAGAUAUGUUUUGCUUGAUAUUUAUUUUCACCAUGACAUGAUAUUUUUGUAAAAUCAAAGAUUCCAUAUUUUUGUAAAAGAAUAAACUAAAAAUGAACCACAAA